CCUUUUUUCAAACCAUUUGACGCGCAAAAGCAAAAACAGCCACCAAAACCUCCUCGUCAUCAGUUUUCCUCUCUCUCUCUCUCUGUGUCCAUAAAGACCAAUCGAAUUAGAAACUAGCUCGCCGGAGAGCAGAUCGUUACCUGCCGCAACAAUUCCGUUCACCGACGGGUCCGAUCUGUCUCUCUCUGGUAGAUCUGAUCCAUGGCUCCGGUCUCUGCUCUAGCCAAAUACAAGCUCGUCUUCUUAGGGGACCAAUCCGUGGGCAAGACCAGCAUCAUCACGCGUUUCAUGUACGACAAGUUCGACAACACCUAUCAGGCUACUAUUGGUAUUGAUUUUCUAUCGAAGACAAUGUACCUAGAAGACCGAACAGUUCGAUUGCAGCUAUGGGAUACUGCUGGUCAGGAAAGGUUCAGGAGUCUUAUUCCUAGCUAUAUUAGGGAUUCCUCUGUUGCAGUCAUUGUGUAUGAUGUUGCAAGCAGACAGUCAUUCCUGAACACUUCUAAGUGGAUUGAGGAGGUUCGUACUGAACGUGGCAGUGAUGUCAUCAUUGUCCUUGUUGGGAACAAAACAGACCUUGUAGACAAGAGGCAAGUCUCAAUUGAGGAAGGAGAAGCCAAAGCUCGUGACUUCAGUGUUAUGUUCAUAGAAACCAGUGCGAAAGCUGGCUUCAAUAUAAAGGCACUUUUUCGGAAGAUUGCAGCAGCCUUACCUGGAAUGGAAACACUUUCUUUGACAAAGCAUGAAGACAUGGUUGAUGUGAAUCUCAAGUCUACCAACACAAGUGCAUCUCAGUCGCAACAAGCAGCAGGAGGAUGUACCUGUUGAUAGAUAUGGGAACCUAGUGCGAGAAUGAAUCCGCGCUCUUGGCUCUGCCAGAUUUGUCUUUCUGUGACCCUACAAAAAUGUCUGUAAAGUUUUCUUUCCUUGUUCUGUUUAGUAGGUCUGGGCUUUUUGAGGACAGUUGAAUGUUUCUGAGACAGGAGAGCAUGUAGUUGGUCUAGUUUUAUACAAGUGAAGUUGUACUGAGUUUUGCAGACCCAUAGUGUUUUUGAUGUGUAUCCAGACUUGGUAUGGGUUUAGUGUUUUGGAAAAAUAUGGAGAAAAGAUUUUGGUAAA